ACGCCUCAUCCUCUCUCACCCACACUCAGCAGCCCGCCACAUUCGCCAGCGUAUCUCCGCAUAUCAAACAAGCUUCUGCACACCCUGCAGCACGUCUGCGUUGGCGCCUGCUUUACCCGCGCGCGCAGCGCUGCUGUUGUUUACAUUUCCGCUGCUAAUGCUCGCUUCGAGUCGGCGGAGAUCUCGGCUGGCGGUGCGGCGCAAGAAAUAAAUUAAGUCCCUCGCUCUCUGUUCUCUCUCCGCUUUUUCCUCUUCUUCCUCUUCGUCUUCUUCUCUUCCUCUUCUCUUGGUCUCGUUUCCUUCUACUUGUAAUACCUGCAUGAUGCUACAGGCCGGGUUCCAGAUGGCUCCGUCUACGAGAGAAUUCGCGCGCCAGCACCACGCUGCCUCCUUCUCCACGUUUUCCGCCUCGUCCACCGCCCCGGCAAGUCCGCCCCACUCUACCACCACAACCACCAGCAGCGGCGGCUGGUCCGCCAGCAGAAAGUCACAUAUCAACAUUAACUAUGAGAGCACCUACUCUGCGCGACGCGUGCCUUCCCCGCCCGCCUCGCCGCCGGUGCCGAAUCCCGCCCAGAUCGAGCAUCUGAUCCGGUUAUUUAAGGAUAGCAUGCGCAUGUACCUCACCGCACGCAGAGCGCUCGAUCGCGAGCUGGAGCGGCAGAUCUCACUUAUGGUUGACGUUGACCCAAAUUGCGAGGACGAGAAGCGCAGGCGCCAGUUACAGACAAAUCUUCGCAGGGCAGAGGCAUUUGUCACCAAAUAUGUCAUGAUCCUCUCCAAGCUGUCGGUUGAUACAAAUUCCAUUCCUCUCUCCGCUCCUUCUUCACGAGCGCCUUCCCCACAACGUAUCUAAUUAAUCUCUCCCGACCUAUCCCGGUCUCUACUCAUUCCCUUUUUACGACUUUAUGACUGGUCUAUUCUCUUGUUUAUGUAAAAGUUCUCUCUAAGUCUUAUGGUGUUGGUUUCCGAUCGUUUUUCAUGUGUUGUGUUCGGCGUUGGGUUAUUCACGAUUUCAUUUUAUCCGGUCUUUUGCAUGGCUUUCUUUUCUCGUUGCACAU